AUGAAUUCAAUUAAAAUUUUAAAAACAUUAAACAAAACAUCAAAUUUAAAAUAUUUUAAUAGAUCAUUUUCAACUAGUAAAAGUAAUAUUAAUAAUAAAAUGACAUCACCAAUUCCAACACCAACCAAAUUUGAUGAUAAAUUUGGUAGUAUAAGUAAAUCUUAUAAAAAUUUUAGACCAACAUACAAUGAUGAAUUAUAUUCAAUUAUUGAUUCACAUUGUGAUGAAAAAAGAGAUCUUGCAAUUGAUAUUGGUGCUGGUAGUGGUCAAGCAACCGUUAGAUUAGCAAAAUACUUUAAAAAAGUUAUUGGAUUUGAACCAUCACAAGGUCAAAUUGAGAAUGCAGAAAAAACAGACAAUGUUGAAUACAGAUUAUCAGCAGCAGAGAAAAUUGAUUUACCAAGUGGUUCAGUUGAUUUAAUUACUGUGGCACAAGCUGCUCAUUGGUUUAAUUUACCUGUAUUCUAUGAAGAAUCAAAAAGAUUAUUAAGAGAAAAUGGUUCAUUAAUCAUUUGGUCUUAUGGUUUAAUGAAAAUUACAAAUAAUAAUGAUGCUCAAGUAGUUCAUGAAAAACAUUACUAUGAAACAAUAGGAGACCAAUAUUGGGCACCAGAGAGAAAAUAUAUUGAUGAUGAAUAUGUUGAUAUUAAACCAUCUUUUGAAAAUACAACUAGAAAAACAAUUUCUCUUCCUAAAUCAAUGUCAAUUAAUGAUAUGAUUGGUUAUUAUUCAUCAUGGUCAGGAUAUGCAGCAUUCAUCAAAGCAGGAAACAAAGAUGUUUUACCAGAAAUUAAAGAAACCUUGUUAAAAGCUUACAAAACAACGGAUGGUGAUUCAAAAUUAAUUGAUGUAAACUUCCCAGUUUAUAUGAUCUUAUCAAAAAAGGAAUAA